UCAACUACACCAACUACACCAACUACAUUAACUACACGAACUACAGCAACUACAGCAACUACAGCUACUACACCAACUACAGCUACUACACCAACUACACUUACUACACCAACUACAGCUACUACACCAACUACAGCUACUACACCAACUACAGCAACUACAGUAACUAAAUCAACUAGAGCAACUAGAGCAACUACAUUAACUACACCAACUACAGUAACUACACCUACUACAGCAACUACAGCUACUAAAGCAACUACACUAACUACACCAACUACAGCUACUGCACCAACUACAGCUACUAAAGCCACUACACUAACUACACCAACUACAGCUACUACACCAACUACAGCAACUACAGUAACUACAUCAACUACACCAACUACACCAACUACAUUAACUACACCAACUACAUCAACUACACUAACUACAGCUAGUACACCAACUACAGCUACUACACUAACUACAGCAACUACAGUAACUACAUCAACUACAUCAACUACACCAACUACAUUAACUACACCAACUACAGCAACUACAUCAACUACAGCAACUACAGCAACUACAGCAACUACUGUAACUACAUCAACUACAGCAACUACAGCAACUACAUUAACUACACUAACUACAGCAACUACAGCAACUACACAAACUACAGCUACUACACCAACUACACUAACUACACCAACUACAGCUACUACACCAACUACACUUACUACACCAACUGCAGCUACUACACCAACUACAGCUACUACACCAACUACAGUAACUACAGUAACUACAUCAACUACAGCAACGACAAGAACUACAUUAACUACACCGACUACACUAACUACACCAACUACAGCCACUGCACCAACUACAGUAACUACAGCAAUUACAUUAACAUUCUUAUUGUGGGCUUAGUGGUCACUUAA